AUGAGAUUAUAUUCGUUAAAAAAAUGUCUACGAAUUAGACGCGUGUUAGUUUUCGUUGUUAUAUUUGUACUCGUUACGACGGGUAUCAAAAUGAAAGAUUUUUUAAAAAUGAAUAAUAAUGAUUACGAUAAUGAUAAUUCAGGAAUGAUAAUAAAAAAAUACGAAUUGUAUAAAUACGUUGGUAAAACAUUUACCGUGGGUUUAUUUUUGAAAAAUCAAAGUCCCGGUAAUACGACAUAUUGUAAUUUUCGAUUAGGAGAUUCCGUCACGUUCAAUUACACGGAUAACGACGUGUCAUAUAGUCCAGAAUUGGGGGAAAAGGGUCCCUAUCGGAUACUAUAUAGCGUCGUGAAAGGUUUUCAAUAUAACAACACGGAAACAAAUUCCGUCACAUACGUCACGCACAUAACAUUAGAAUUUCUUUUUCACAUUGUGGAAAUAGCUAAAAGAUGGAGUGGACCCAUAAGCGUCGCUUGUUUCCUACCCGGUACGGAUACCAUACUGGCAUUGAAAGUUUUAGAAAAAAUGUGUUUUUGCGUUAAAGAAAUGGAAAAUGUCGACAUACAUUUCAUAUAUCCGAAAGAUCAUCCACCCAAAUUGAUGUCGUUGAAAAAUUAUUCAUUUUGGUUAGACAUGGAAGAAUAUAAUAUAUACACGCCUUGGAAAAUGAUCGAAACAAAUUCCGUUCAAAAAACGUCCGAUAAUAAUAAUAAUAAUAAUAAUACAUAUAUAAAUGACAAUAAAACAAAUAUUAAAACUACUACGACUACGUCUGCCACGACGAAUACGUACGAAGGUACUUGUUACGUACCUGAAAAAAUAUUAAAAAAUUCAUAUAAGAGUAAAAAAAAUUUAGUUUAUCCAAUAAAUGUGGCAAGAAAUGUGGCACGAUAUGGAUCUAGAAGUAAAUUUAUAUUAGUGUCAGAUAUUGAAUUGUUACCAAGUGAUAAUUUAGUAAAUGAAUUUUUAAAUAUGAUAAAAAGAUUAAAUGAAAAAAAUAAACAUUUGGGAGAACAUUAUUUUACAAAGAAAAAGCACGUUUACGUUCUUCCCGUUUUUGAAGUUUCUGAAACUGAACCUGAUGUACCAAGAACAAAAUCACAAUUGUUAGAUUUGUAUGAAAAAGAAAGAGCUGUUUAUUUUCACAGGUACAUUUGUACUCAUUGUCAACGUUUUCCUGGUAUACAAAGAUGGCUACAGAGAAAAGUACAUCCUAGAAUUAAAACUGGUACCAUACAGCCAUUAUUGGUUGUUAAAAGAGAAUUUCCAUAUCACAGAUGGGAACCUAUUUACAUAGGUACAAAUAAUGAACCUUUGUAUAGCGAAUUGUUAACUUGGGAAGGACAACAAGAUAAAAUGACUCAGAUGCAUGAAAUGUGUUUGUUGGAAUAUCGAUUUGUAAUACUCAAUGGAGCUUUUUUAGUACACACACCAGGAAUCAAAAGACGACACAUUGUUAAAAAAAAUACAAAAUUGUUAUUAAAAAAAGGAAAUUUGAAUUCGAUUGUUAUAACAAAUCAUUCGAGUUCAAAGGUCACAACUGAUAUAAAUUCUGCACAGAAAAAUGCACACAUGAAAAGAAAUUCUUAUCUAUAUCAAAUAAUAACACAAGAUGUUAUGGGAAGAUAUAAAUUUAAUCCAAGAUGUAGAAUUCAUUAA